CGUAAAUUUUAUCUCAUUAGCCAUUAACUUAUAAUGCCGUUUAAUGAAUAAAAUUCACGUUAAAUGAAACUACAACAUGUCCGCUAACGAGCAACCUGAACUCUUGUUCUUCGACACCUUUUCUCAUGAUACAAGUGAAGAGCUAAAUUUGGAUCUAGUCCAGUUCCCAAAGUCGGUUUAUGUGCGUGAAAUCCGUAUAAUACCGUUGGGGGCUCGCGUAGAAGGUGAUUUCCCGGGCGGUGUUCGUCUAGGAGCCACGAAUCCGACUAAAUUCCACAUUGACUUCUUCGUGAACGACCUGAGCAAACCGGGUGCGUCGACUUUCGAGGCGCUGGGCAGCCUGGAUUAUUGUCAGAAUGGCCAGAUCCACAUGGAGUGUGGAAGUGGGCUUGAACAAUCGAGGAUUCCCACUGAUGGGCUUGUGCUCAGAGGUUGGUAUACAACUAUAACCCUGGCUGUCUACGGUAAUUUGACUCAAGUCAUUCCUGAAACUACCAUUGGAACCAACCCUCCUCCUGUCGCCCAGAGACCAGCUAUUACUAGGGAAGUACCACCUCCACAAAACAAUGUUUCACAAGGCGACUGGAAUCAAGAGACCUCCAAUCCGAUACCUUCAUACACAGGCAAUGUUGCUGCAACUAAUCCUGAUGCUUAUGGUUCCACUUAUCCAGAAAACUAUGAUAAUCAACUGUAUAGGACUGAUUACUACAACAAUGAACCUCCUAAAGACCCAAGAACAUACCAUCAUAUUGAGGACAAUGAAUGGGAGAAACGCGAUCUUAGCUGUGAAAGAGAAGGAGGGUUGCGACAUAGUCCUCGAUCUAUUGAGUUGGAAAGGGAUAGAGAUAGAAGAGAUGGCAGAAGUCGCCGACGUUCUCUUGAGAGAGGACGCAGCCGCGAAUCAUCUAGACAUCGCGAUAGGAGUCGGGAAUUGGAAAGGAUGGAAAGAUUACAUUCCAGAUCCAGAAGCCGUGAUAGAGAUUACAUCGUGAAAGGAGAAUAUCGUCCCAUUAGUCGAUCUAGAUCUCGUAGCCUUGACAGGCGACUGUCCAGUGACCGAGAUUGGGACCGUGGCUCCUAUAAAAAGGAUGAUUAUCGCCGUCACCGCGAAGUUUCAUACGAUCGUUCACGUGGAGGAUCCUAUGAACGAAGGUCUCCAUAUGACAAACGCGCUCCAUCGUAUGAACGUAAAAUGUCUUACGAAAAACGCGGGCCGUCCUUCGAACGCCGGGACCCCUCGUACGAACGUCGUGCGCCUUCUUUUGAUAAACAAACUCCAUAUGACAGAAAGAGACACUCACCAUACAAUCGUAUUAGAACUUCGAGCUACGGCAGCAGAUCUCCAAGUCGUGAUGAUCCUAGAAAAAGACCUAGGACUCCACCCGGCGAAAGCAGUCGGAGACCGUUAUCACCUAGGGAAGGAGAGACGUCAAGUCCAAUUCAUUCUGUGCGUUCUGAAGAGGGACCUGAAUUUGACAGGAGUGGAAAACAAAUUCCUAGAGUGGAUUUCUAUCAUCAGAGUUAUAGGCACAAAAGUUCCACUAUUAGAAGUCCUUCUCAAGAAGUUGAGAAUCCUCCUUUUGUUGAACCUCAGCAUUCCAGUUUAGUCACAGUUCAAAUUGUCGACAACGUGACUACUCCAAAAGAAAUUGAAUCACCUAACCAUAACCUUGAAGAAGACAGAUCAAUGGAUGCAGAGCAAUUUGAACCAAUACUUUCUGAUGAGGACAUAUGUGACGAUCUCGAAACUUCUUACAUGGAAGUCGAUUAUGACUUAAAUGAAUAUUGUGGCGUAGAAGACAUUAUCAAGUAUUUCAACCCAUAUAAAUCUGAAUGGAUUAAAUACGAACACAUGAACAAAGUACAGUUAUUAGCAGAAGGAAAAACUGAAGGUGUUAAACAUGUUUUAAAUGCAACUUUUGAUGAACUUUGCGAGGCAAGUCCAGAUUUGUCCAAAAUUUCUGAAAUGGCAAAAGCAUCAAACAAAAGAGACCAGAAAAUCUCAGUUGGGACGUUUACUGAAUUAGAUAACGCUGCUAAGGAAGACUGGGUACAUCAAUGUGAACAACUCUGGAUAUCCUUGACAAAUGUGUGCAAUACUACAGAUAUUAUUCUAAGGGUUUUUCAAAAUCACGAGGACACCGAUAACGACUUCUACGAAAUUUAUGAGUUACUUGUGACAUAUUGUAAAAUUGGGCUUAAUUUUGAAAACGCGCUGGCGCAGCAACAACCUACUUACAAAAUAAGGCACAUGAAAUGCGGUAUUCGUCUUGCGGAAGCGUUAAUGUCUCAUAAGCACAAUGGGCAAGUUAUGAAAAUUUUACUCAAUGCAGGUAUAGACAUGUCAAUGUUGCUCCUAGAAAUGUAUUCGAAGGAAUACAUGGCUUUGAGUAUUCGUUUAAUGAUAUUGAAGGCGCUCAAUGCUUGCCUAUCGUCUAAAGAAUCUAUGGACCACUUUAUGAAAGAAACAAUAUUUCCAAAAUUCAAUAAAAAAGAAAGUGACAACAAUAGAAAACCCAUGAAUGGCUAUCAAGCGUUAAUUUCUAUAAUGCAGACAAAUCCAUUGGCGAGGAUCAAGUUUUCAAUCAGUGCUUUGAUUAAGAAAUUGAACAUUUACGAACUGUUAGGAAAACUUUAUGAUUUGUUGUUGAAAUUCAACAAGAAAGCAGCUGAAAGCACUCAGACCGACGACGCUGAGCUGACUGAAGGCGAUAUAGAUUUUAUUGUAGAUGCUUUUGCUGAAAUUUUGUACAUGUAUCGAUCACAAUGUUUCCACCUGUCACAACCAAAGCGUUUCCUACCCGUGUCUGCACAAUUUGAAAUAAACAAAGAAUGCUCAAAUAAAAUUUUGCUAGAAUUUUUCAAUAUCCACCACACAUUACAAGUGUGCCUUUACUUGUUGACUUGUCCAACAACUUGCAAUAAUUUGGUUGUAAUCAGUCCCAUCCAUGAUUUAAUAUAUGAGCUAGUUAAUUCUCAUAACGGUCUCAAUUUUCUCUACCAGAACAUGGAGAUGAGUGAGAUUCUCUUCAAAACUUUAGUAUCACCAGAUGGCCAACAAAAUGAAGAAUUUCUUUAUCCUCACGAUUUAAGUAGCUACACAGAUCUUCAAAUACUUGGUCUCGAAUUGGCACACAAGUUGAAAGCGAUGUAUUAUUUGCAAUCUAUCAGCGACCUGCAAGCUGGGAAAGGUGAUGAAAACGAGCUUAUAGAUAGAUUGCAAUCAUUGUACUGCUUGAGUUUUGGAAGCAUCGGAAAAACAACUGUCCCUGAUGUAAUUGUCAUGGGUGAUAACGCCGAUUGUCUUAUGGAGGUAUUUGAGAACAGUUUAAAAACUAAAAGUAAAGGAGAAUCUCCAAUAAAACAAAAAUCCCCUGCUAAAGGGUAUGCGAUCGAGUUAAUAGUCUCAGCAGUACGAUUUGCUGCUAAUGUUCCAUUUCUAAAAAAAUAUGGUCCAAGACUUAUAACUGUGUCUAAAGAACACGAUCGUUUUGAACCUAGUGUAUCCAGUGUCUUACAAGAGGUAAUUCCAUAUUUGAAACCUCUGGAAAAAACGAGUCUAAUAUCUGGAGAGGAUAUGGCUGAAUGCGUAGAAAUUUUAAAAUUAAGUCUGGAACAUGCCCCAGAUUUACCUGGAGAACUCAUGACCUGCCUCAGAAUCCUACGUCAUUACUGCAUCUCAGAUUACGAGACAAACAUCGCAAUUGGUUGUGAGUCAGCUACUGAAGAAUAUGUCGAAUUAAAAUACAAAUACAAUGUUCUACAGUUAUUUUCUUUGGAUGGGGUCGCCCAUCUAGCUGGCAUCCUGGAUAAACUAGCGACCCAUUUUGAUCAACCAAGCAUGCAUACAUCAUUCUUUGCUUCAGUAAAAGGACUGCAGCUUACUCAAAUCAUAUUACCAUGUUUAAGACUAUUGGACGAAAUGCUAGCAAGGGUUGUAAGAUGUCGUGGACCAAAAUUUCGAGAUCUAACUGCAGCUCCAGUGUUAUUAAAAUCUUAUGGUAUUGCAAAAGCAUAUCCAGUUGGAUCUGUUGGUUCCAGAACUGCGGCGAAGGCGGCUGAAGCUGCAGUAAGAGCUUUGUUAGCGUAUGCCCAACCGAUAGCAGAUGACGCCAAUGAUGGUGAUUCCAUACGACGAGGGCCUUGGACGUCUCUUUGCUCUGAAGUGAUUUCUUAUACUAUGACUGCUCCGUAUACAUUCGUCCCUGGUCUGCUAGUCUUUUCGGAACUACUACCAUUACCUUUGCCGAUGCAAACAAAAACUCCGCCAACGGAAAGAGAAUUGGCAGAUGCAUCAAACGAAAGGCGACUAUGGUCUGCUCACCUCCACGCUUUGACCAACGAUCUAACAGAUAUGAUCCAAGUGAUUUGUAUGUCAACGUAUAGACCCGUUGUGCAUAUGCUUCGAAGAGUAUGUGUACAGAUUGCUGAUUUGGCGCCUAACACGGCAGCUACGGUGGCAAAAGCCGCUGUUGGAGCUGUUACUAGAGAAUUGAAGCUAGGAGAGCCAGCUACUGCAAGCUCAGCAAGAGUUUUGGGAUUCUUGGCAUGUUUAGUGUCACAUGCUCCUGUCAAAUGCGCAGUUCUUCAUGCAAUGAGCGCCGGGGGACCUAGAUCUGCUGAUGUUCAAACAGCUUUGUGUGGUGUUUUAACUUUAAAUAAUGCUUCUUCAGAACACGCAGCGGCGCAAGAAUUUGCUGCACACGCUUUAGCUGCGUUAUGUGAUGCUGAAGUUACUUUGACUCCAUUGACCGCUUCCAGUGACUUGAUUCUCGCAAAUUCAUUGCCAAAUAAAGAUACAUUAACUCUGCUUCUGGACGCCACAACAGAUUGUCUCGAGUCUGUGACAAAAACUUGUGCAGUUGCGUCAUCGAUACUUCGAGCGUAUUUUGUUUUGACAGAACAUGAAUACGGAUUUCAGAUAUUUAGGAAAUUUGUCACAAAAAGAAAAGAAUCUUUAGCGAAGUUCUUCAGGUGGGCUUUGGACGGUCCAGGGGAGGAUAAAGCUGAAUGUUUGAGUUUGUACAUAGAUCUCAUUAGAAUCUUAAAGAUGGAAGAAGGUGAAGGACUUGUUGGAAGAAAAUCCACUUUAUCUAUCAACGAGAUGGCUGAUAUGGUGGGUUACUCGUUCGAUACUGACCACCCGGUUUUGACUUUGGAUAAGAGUUUAAAGGAUCGAAACGCAGACGAAGAUGCAGUGGCCAACGCAACAUUCCUCGUUACUCACCUCCAAAAACUCAAGGCUCCGAAGCUCGAUGAUCCUCAAACACCUCCAAUGGAUGCUACAGAGGCACCAGUGCUGACUCCUGAGACCCUGGUCGCUCAGUUCGCCGCGCGGACCGUGUAUGCGAUAGGGGAGGCCAACGACGAGAGGCUCACGUCCAGUUACUGGCUCAAUGUGCCCAGUGCGAGUGGAGAAGAUGACGUUAAUGAUAGCGAAUUGGUGCCGUGCGACAUCAUGGAGGUGGCGAACCUGUUCCUGUGCGGCGGCGGCGAGGCGCUGUGCGGCGCCGUGCGGCGGCUGGCCGGCUGCCGCGACGCGCGGCUCGACGCGCUGCCCUGCGCGCCGGGCGACGACAAGCGGCCCACCGUGGCGCUGAGCCGCGUGCGUCUGCUGGGCGAGGGCGCGUCGGGCGGCGCCGACGCCUUCCGCUCCCGCCCGCCCAACACGUCGCGGCCGCCGUCGCUGCACGUGGACGACUUCACGGCGCUGCACCAGCCCUACGCCGCGCCCCCCGCCAGAGGCGCGCGGCGCGGCGCAGGCGCCGAGCGCGGCCGCUUCCCCGCCGCGCCGCUGCACGGCCACUACCGGCAGAUGCGCGGUCGCGGCGCGUGGGAGGGUGCCCAGCACUUCGCACAUUUCCCUCCCGCUUCGCAUUACCUUAUGGGUGCCAUGGGCUGGGGCGGCGCGCGCAUGCAGCGCGGCCCGAGGCACCGCACUUUCCUGCGGUAGGCCGCCAGCAGCUGUCCUGCGGCCGCGGCGCCGACGGAACAUAAUAUUCUAUCUGUGCGAGCUAUCGAAAUAAAUGUGUUUCAUAAGUAUUUAACCUUGU